AUCGCCGACACGACGCGUCGCGACGCUGGUUUAUUUUUAACGCGCCCGCACGCGCCGCUGCGAAACUCAUAAUAUAAUAUUUUUUAAUUGCGAAACAAACGCGUAGUGAACAUUUAUUUUUGGAGGUGUGUAAAGAUCAAACUUCAUAAUAAACAAAAAAAAAGUAAUAACUCAUUGAGUAAUCGCAGUGUUUCGCAAGUGAAACAAAAUAAAAUCAAUUAAAAGCAAUUUAAUAGCAGUAUAUCUAAUACAAUGAUGGAAAUUGAACAGUUUUCAUACAUUUUCGGUUCGUUUUCACGCCGAAAACAAAAUCAAGACUUCAAUGCAUCGAAACGUCGAUCUGUGGAAUCAUCCAAACCGUCGUUGACGAUUGCGCAUGAUCGAUCUAAAUCAAACCCAGCCAAAAGUGAAACAAACGCAUCUUUAGACAUCGAUAAAUUAAAAUGUCCACAAUGUGAAAAACACUUUAUAGAACCCCGAGUCCUGCCAUGUCUGCACACAUUCUGUACGAAUUGUCUGCAGAAUUUAGUAACGAGUUCACCAUCCGAAUGCGACUCGAGCUCGGGCUCUGGUUACGUCAGCGAGAAGUUGGAAAGCAUUGAUAUGUACGCCGACAGUGUGCAAUAUAUUCCUUGUCCAUUAUGCCGAACAAGGGCGGAUGUACCCGACGACGGGGUGCAAGGAUUCCCAAUCAAUUAUCUUAUCUUACAUCGCAUGGUUUUAGCCACGUUAAAUUCACCCAGCACUAAGUUAUUAUGCGAUGCAUGUCCUUUAGAAGUUAAUGCAAAGACCCGAUGCACACAAUGCGCGUUGAGUUUGUGUCGCCAGUGCGCAGACGCACACAGCAAACAAAAAGCCGGAUGGAAUCACGAGAUUUUAGAACUUGACGAAGCACGACGACGUGGGAUUAGUAAAGUACGCCGGCAGGUGAUGUGCCAAAAACAUCCCGAGAAUGAAUUAACAACUUUCUGCGCGACUUGCUCACAGGUUGUAUGUGCAGACUGUGUAAACUCCGCCCACCGUAGUCACACCCUCGAAUCACCAAGUAAAGCAGCGAAAACUCAAACAACAAACAUAAGAAUCGCCGUAAACCGAGCGAAAUCAAUCGCUGAUAAAUCAAUGGUAGCAAAUUCACGUUUGCAAACUACCGCUGAACGCAUUGAGUCACAAUGUAACCAAAUCGAAAAUGAAAUCGAACGAUUUACAGCUAAUUAUAUAAGAGCUGUGGAAGAGCAUCGAGAACAGUUAUUUAAACAAUUACGACAAGCGCGUCAGGAAAAACUUAAUACUGUGGAUAUACAUCGCAGUGAGUUACAGAAACAUUUCCAUGACGCGGAAGAAGCCAUACGAUUUGCAAAUGAUUUACUAAAAGAAGGCAGCGAGAUUGAAUUGUUGAGUUUUGUCGCGCCUGUCAUGAAACGCCUUGAAGUGUGUUAUAAAUCAGAGGCGUUACUACCCGAAUUAAAAAUCAGCGAAUCGCUGCAGUUUCUACCCGAGGAGGUGUCAUCAACCAGUGAGAAUGCGUGUUGUCCACUUUACGGCGUAAUAACAACACAAACAAUUUCAGUGAAGCACUGCGUAUUGCAUACCAAUGGCUUACAGAAUCUGAGGGUUGGUCGAAGGGCGGAAGCAGUUCUAGAGACGCGCGACCGCAGUGACAACGCAUUACAACGCGGCGGAGAACAAGUCAGCGCUGAAUUGCGGCAUCGCGACGGCGGAACUUCACGCACCCUUCCUGUUCACGUCGAGGAUAGACGCGACGGCAGCUAUUUGCUACAAUUCGUCCCUGACGUCGCGGGAAAACUAUUUUUACACGUCGGCGUAAAGGGGGAAUCGCUCAAAGAAUCACCAUUUACGAUACUUGUUCGUUCAUUGCGUCCACAUCAUGGAACAUUCCACUGCUGCACGUUCUGCUCAAGCGGAGGAAGCAAAGAAUCAACGUGCGGUUGCAAGGGUAGAAUGCCCGGCGGAUACAAGGGUUGCGGUCAUGGUCAUGAAGGUCAUCCAGGUAGAAGACACUGGUCCUGUUGUGGUAACGUCCUGGAACAUUCCGAAUGCGUGCGCAUGAAUUCAAUCACGCACUAUCAGUUCACACUGUAACGGUAGAUGUCGUCGUUUGGCUGCGUCACGUAAGAUUGGAACUCCGCAAGCUCUGCAAAACAUCAUCAACGAAAAUAGAAGAAAAAUGACAAAGAAAAACACUUUCAAAGUACAAACCGUUAUUAUCAUUCCAAUUGACUCCUUCUGUUUCCGUUAAUCCACCACUAUCCUGCUUUUCAUUAUCUGGAUUCGGAUUGUCUACUUGUUCGGGAUCGUCCUUUGCGUGUUUGCUUUUAAGGUGCGUUUUAAUGUGGGAUUUUAAACUAUGUUGAGUGGCAAAAGCACGCGUGCAAUCAUUAGCAGCACAUGCGUAGGGACGUUCCCCGCUGUGCGUGCGCAGAUGUGUCUUAAGAUGAUGGCUGGCGGUGAACGCUUUUCCACAUCCUUCUUCAGCACAUCUAAAAAUAAACAAUAUAUUAAUUAAACAAA